CCUGGACGGGUCGAGCCACAUCAGGAGAUAAUGGUGAGGGGGGGCGUCUGAAAGUGGGUGGCGGUAUAUAAAUUGGCACUCAAUGGACAGUCCCACGGUUUACGACAAUACAAGACAUGGCGUUCGAUGGAACCUGGAAGGUGGACCGUAGCGAGAACUAUGACAAGUUCAUGGAAGAAAUGGGCAUCAACGUCAUGAAACGCAAGUUAGCGGAGCACGACAACCUCAAGAUCACAAUUGAGCAAAAAGGUGACGACUUCCACAUCAAAGAAUCCAGCACGUUCCGCACUAAAGACAUCGACUUCACCCUCGGAACGCCAUUCGACUACAGCCUAGCCGACGGCACUGACGUCUCGGGUACAUGGCAGAUGGAUGGAGAAAUGCUAAAGGGUAAAUUUACCAGGAAAGACAACAACAAGGUGUUAACCACCACCAGAGCUCUUGUGGCGGGAGAAUUAGUGCAGACUUACAGCUACGAAGGCGUUGAUGCUAAGAGAAUUUUCCAGAAGCAGUAAAUUUUUUACCUUAAUAUAAAUAUAAAUAUAGAAAUAGAGAAGGCAAUAAAUAACACUUAUUCCUACAUUCCAGUCAUUUAAUAGGGAUAUGGAUUUUUGCACUAAUUCAUUUAAUAAACAUGACAAUAAAAGUGUUUUUUUUUUAAUAGUG